AUGGGACAUUACCGGAGAUCCGUAGCCCUCGAAGAGCAUCUCAAUACCGAGGGCCCACGGAGUAGAGAGGAUACACUCAGCCUGGCUCGGGUCAACGGCCGAUUUUACGAUAUCUGUGCCGAGCUUCUCUACAGACGUAUCAUCGUCACGGAUGGCAAGGGGUUUAUAAACUCACGCAAGCUACAAACCACACUGACGUCAUCAGGAGCCGAGCUCCAGAAAAGGGUUAUGCAACUGCGUAUAGGCUAUGAUCACGACUACGAUAUGAGGCUAACUCUCCGGCGACGUAGGAGGCUUAGGCGGCGAUAUCCACGGCCCUUAGCACACUGGUUCAGUGCCAUCCCCAAGCUUCCGGGUCUCGAGCGUCUAGUGUUGAGAUGCCUGAGCUGUGUGGUCUACGACUUCAUAGAGGCCGGUAUACCCGCCUUGCCGCGGGUCACGGAUCUGUGUCUUUACGGCUGCGAAUUUUCCACAGGCAGCUUCUGUACACAAGAGGACUUCUUUCUAUGCUUCCCGGCGCUGCGUACCCUUACCAUCGGAGCGAGAUGGAAAACGGGGCUCCCGAACGACGCUCACGCCUUUGCGCCGUUUGCAGACACGUUGGAGACGUUUACUUGGUACGAUAUGGGAGCCUCGUCGCCCUGGCCGACGAGGGAUCUCUCAAUAUUGGCGUACCCUCUACAGGCGCGGGGGCUCAGGGUGGUAAAGCACCUCAAGGUGACGAGUCUGCUCGAGCUCAUGUGCGGCGAAACGGACGGCUGCGCGGCUGGAAAGACUGUUGAGACGAUUGAGCUUCUCGAUGGCAUCUUUGACCUUAGACAUGUGCCUCGGCUGCUGACGAAGGAUGGGAGAUGGAACGGACUUGAUGAAUCUGCUUCGCCGGAGUCUUCUUCGUCUUCCCUAAGCUCGGAGGAGACGAUUUCGGAAGAGAUGGAGAUGCUGCUCAAGUUCCUGUUCAGACAAUGUCGGGAUGUGUAUAGGCAGGUCAGAGUUCUUGACAUUCGGGUCAUUGAUGAUAAUGAUGACGCGUAUAGAACGGACGAAGAGAGAGGCUUCUUGCGCAAGCUUGCACUGGAUUAUGUCGGGAUUUUCAAAGAGGAACUUGACGUCGUCUUGUUGCAGGGUUUGUCUGGUUGA